AUGGCCACAUCGCCGCCGGAGCUGCUGCGAGCGACGUCCCGGAGCUCGGCGGCGUCCGAGCGGUUCUCCUUCGAGGAUGACGAGUCCUUGGACUUUGAGGCGAAGCAGGAAGACGCAGGCCCCCGGGCCCGGAUCCUGGACCUGGCGGGCUUGGAGCAGGAGCAAAACCGCCUCAUCGCAGAGGCUGUGGAGUGCACAGGCGUCUCCGAGGACGAGGCGGUGCUCCUGCUGCGCUUCUGCCACUGGGACGUCGCGGCCUUCAACGAGGCCUUCUUCGAGGACGCCGCGGCGCUGAGAGGCGCCGCCGGGGUCUCCGAGGCCCAGGACGUGCCCAUGUCGCCCCGGGCCUGUGGGAUCUGCUUCUGCGAGCCCGGGAAGGCGCUGAUGGCCUGCCCCGAGGCGCACCCCCUCUUCUGCGAGACCUGCUGGCGCCAGUACCUAGACCAUGCGGUCCGCGACGGGAAAGGGUGCCUGGACCUGCGCUGCCCGGCGCCCGGGUGCCAGGAAAUGGUGCGGCCGUCGCUGUUCGAUCAGCUCCUGGCGGAGGGAAGGCAACGGUACCGGCGCUUUCUGACCGAGAGCCUGGUGGAUGCCUCCAAGGGCCGGCUGCGCUGGUGCCCGGGCCAGAACUGCUGCUGCGCCGCCUCCGAGACCCCGGAGGUGCAGUGCUUCUGCGGGUGCGGCUGGUGCUUCUUCUGCGGCAACGACCUGCACGCGCCGGUGGCCUGCGAUACGGUGAAGAGUUGGGAGGAGAAGAACCGGGACGAAGGCUGUGACGCGGUGUGGAUCAAGGUGAACACCAAGCUCUGCCCCAAGUGCGGCAACCCCAUCGAGAAGAACGGGGGCUGCAUGCACAUGACCUGCCGGAAGCCCGGGGGCUGCGGCCACGAGUUCUGCUGGAUCUGCCUCAAGGACUGGCAGAACCACCAGCAGUGCAACGCGGCCGACGACGACCUGGUGAAUCGGUCCAAGGCAGCUUCAAAGCACGAGCUGCUGCGAUACGCCCACUACUUCGAGCGCUACUUGGCCCACCACAAGGCGGAGAAGUUCGCGGCGGCGGGCCAGCGCCAGGCCCUGGAGGCUGUGGCCGAGCAGUUCAUCAAGAGCCUGGGCAUGGCGGCCUUUCUGGCGACCGUGGGCUCCGGCGCGGACCGGGUGAUGAGUAUGGGCAGCGGGCCCUUGGGCUCGGCGAGCAUGCAGGAGUCCUUCUGGGAGCUGCACCGAAAGCUGGGGGAGAAGUAUGAGCAUGACCUGAGGUGCCUGGAGCGCAGAGACUGCGUGGAGCGCAACGACUCGCAGCGAAAGCACCGGCGCCGGCCCUCCUCGCAAGAAGACGCAGACCUCGGCGCGCUCGUGCGCAGCCGCCGCAGCGGCCGCAGCGAGCGGGGCCCAAGAAGCGACACGCCAGUGCUGGACGUUGUCGAUCCACCAAACUCCGCAUUGGUGAGUUCCGACCGGAGCUUGGAGGAAGUGCUCGGUGUGGUGGUCCCGGGUUUGGCCCCCGCCGCUCCCACCUCCGGUCGAUCAAAAGAGACCCGAACCGCGAGCUUCGUGGGCAGCGAAGAAGAUGGGCGGAAGGGGAGGACCAGCAGAUGCUCCUCGGCCUUCUCGGAGGAUACGGUCUUCCUGCCGCGGAAGCAAUGGGCGUCAAAGAGCAGGACCAACACGGUGAUGCGCCGCAAGAGCCGCGGGUCCUUGACUGGGGACCUGUCUAGUCUCAUGCGAGACCAGCACCAGCUGUUGCAACAGAGCGAGAAGCUGAUAGAGGCGACUUCUCCCUGGACCUUGCGCUGCCGGCCCAGGUUUGUGGCUCUCAACCCCACCGGGAACUUCAGGAGUUUCUGGGACUUUCUGGGGAUCUUGCUGCUGGUGAAGGACACCGUGGGCAUCCCGCUGCAGCUGGUGGACGUGGAGGUGGCGGACGUCUUCCCCGCCUGGACAGCGCUCUCCGCGAUGUCGGUGUUCUACUGGAUCGGCGACAUUGUGCUGUCCUUCUUCACCGGAUACCUGGAGCGGGGCACGCUGGUGCAAGACGCGCCCACCAUUGCCCGGCAUUAUUUGAGGACCUGGUUCCUGGUGGACCUGGCGGUCAGUCUCACGGAUGUCAUGCUCGAGUUCGGGCACAUGACCGAUUCGCUGGGGGAGUCAGCCACCGCUUCACGCUUCCUGCGGUUCCUGCGGAUCUUCCGCAUGCUGCGCCUGGGCAAGGUGAGCCGCGUGUCCGCCUUUCUGCAGGACAGCUUCGAGUCCGAGGUGGCCUCGAUUCAGUUCAGCCUCUUCCUGGUGAUGGUGGCUAUGUUUUUGGUGGAGCACGUCAUCGCCUGUUUUUGGUUCGGCCUCGGGGGCGAUGGGGGCUGGCUGGCAGAUGGCGCUCAGGACACGCUCUUCACGCAGUACAGCGCCUCCAUGCGCUGGGCCUUGGCCCAGCUGGGCUUCGGCGCCACGGUGAUCGAGGCGCGCACGGAGGCGGAGGGCAUGUACUCCAACUUCGUGGGCUUCAUCUCCCUGGUGACCUCCUCGAGCGUGAUCAGCUCCAUGACGUCGCUGGUGAGCGCGCUGCACCGGAACCGCUCCGAGGAGACCAAGCAGCUGGGCCAGCUGAGGAGGUUCCUGCGCCAGAACCGGGUGGACCCGAACCUGGGGGAACGCAUCAUGCGGUUCCUGCAGUACACCUACCAGGAGAGGACCUCCACCACAGAGAACCCCCAGAUCCUGCAGCUCCUCUCCAAGCAGCUCCGGGCCGAACUGCAGCUCCAGAGGUAUAAGGUGUACUUGGAACGCAUCACCUUCGUGCAGCGGCUGUUGGAAAACGAGCCCACCAGCCAGGAGGAGCGGGUGCUGCAGCAGAUGGCCAUGGAGUCGAUCUUGGUUGCCGACGCCGGCGAGGACGACGUGAUCUUCGCUGCUGGCGGAAUGGCGGAAGCCUGCUACUUUGUGGUCUCCGGGAGCUUCCGAUACUCCCUGGAGGACCGGGGGCCCUGUGCGGUGAACUUCCAUACUGGGGUCAUUGCGGAGGCGUGUCUGUGGACGGACUGGGACUUUGUGGGGGAGCUCAUCAGCACCUCCUUCAGCAAACUCGUGGUGAUCAAGGCGGACGAGUUCAUGAGGAGCCUGUGCUCCAUGCCUGAGCUGCACAACAAGGGCUUCAGCUAUGCCCUGGAGUUUGUGGAGGCGCUGAACGGCAUGGACCUGCUCAGCGACUUGUGGCACUUGCGCCACCACUCCGAGGAGGCCGUCUCCAAGAAAGGCGGGCCUCAGCACGCCAGCAGCUGGUUCAGCUGGACCCGCUGGCUCAGAUUUCAGGUCUCACCUGAGUGA